AUGCCACCUGUGAAUCAACCUCGUACGAAUACACGUGCUGAAGAAGUAGCACGAAAGCUCAAAGGAAUCGAACGGUACAAUCCAAACUGUCGACCAAUGCUCGAAGAUUAUGUUCAAUAUCAAAUUGACAAUAAUUUUUAUGAUUUCGAUGCCAACAUGGCUCUCUUGAAAAUGUAUCAAUUUGAUCCCGUUAAUUUUCAAGGUGACAAAGUUGCAGAUAUUCUCCUUUUGGCAUUGACCAACUUACCAAAAUCGGACUUCUUACUUUGCAAAUACUUACUGGAUUCGCAAAAAUGUCAAGAAAAUCCACGUAUUGUGGAAGCACUGCAAUUCUCGGAAUUACUCGAAUCAUGUCGAUUUCAAGAAUUUUGGGAGCAACUGGAUCGUGCAUCGGUUAAGAUUUCAGGCUUUGAAAAUCGUAUUCGAGAGUUCAUCUGCCAAACAAUCAACCGAACCUAUCAAACGAUUAGCCGUCAGGAAUUGCAAUUAGCCUUAGGUCGUCUUUCAGCUAAUGAAUUCGAAGGAUUAAUCAAAGCUCGUGGUUGGAAAGUACUCGCAGAUGAUGCCAACUACAUCUGGAUUGCUAACCACGAAGAGAACAUCAAAUCUCGAAACAUAGUGGAAAAGAUUAAAUUUGAACAUGUUGCACCGGUGAUGCAUACAGCCUAG